AUGCUCCGAAAGACUGAUGUUGCAUCACGUCCAAAUUCCGCACUCUGCGUGCCUCGCACCGCCGACGAUGCUGCAAUCUCGGCGUGUGCAGUGCUGCCGAGGAACGCCAACCUGAACAUCGGGCGGCGGACAAGGUUGCGGAUCAGCGAGAACAUUGAUCAUGCCCUCGCAGUCUUGGCUGCUUUUGUCGAUCGUCGUGUCAGAUUUCGUACCGACAAGAGCGACGAGAACAAGAAGAAGGGGAUGUCGAGGAUCUCACGGGGUGUUGACCGAACGACGACAGCCAGCAGCCGAACAUGUCGAGCAUCAAUGACCAACACCGUAUUCGAUCCAGAGAUCGAGUGUACACAGCCAACUGAAUCGGUAGUCUCACCCACCGAUCCACCGUCGACUUUUGAUUCAGAACGGCGAGCAAGAGGAGCGGUGCUGCUGCUGCUGCUCUUAAGAGUCGAGAUUGCGUUUGGCUUUCAGCACGUUCCCGGCGAGGCAGACCAAGAGCUACCGUAUCCCACCAUCUGCCUCGGAGGUAAGAAGAAGCCAAACGGCACGAGUAGUAGAAGAGCUGCGUUCUUCCAUUCGUCCUCGAUAACGCAACCGAAUGCUACCAUCCAAUGUCAUCGUCGCGACGACACGACGCUCGUCUUUGCGAUCCUAAGCGUCAACCAUGUGACCUCGUCAUCGGUCGCUCGAGUCAAUCCUUAG